AUGGAGGAUAAUCGGAACAAGUCCGGAAAGGCAAAUAAAAGGAAAAUGAAGGGCGAGAAACGCAGAAAUUAUGACUCUUCACGCUUCAAGGAGGCUUAUAUGAAAGUUAUAAAGGAUAAUUGGUCAGUGUACAAGGCGUCGAAGGAAUAUGGACACAUAGCUACUCAUGGAGGUGAAAGUUUCGACUUACCUAAACUUGGGAGACCAUUCACAUUAGACAGCGACUUUGAAUGA